AUGGAACUGCUCUGCUGCGAGGCCGAGCCGGUCCGGAGGGCCCUGCCGGACCCCACCUUGCUGAACGAUGACCGCGUCCUGCUCAACUUGCUGACCAUCGAGGAGCGGUACCUGCCCCAGUGCUCCUACUUCAAAUGCGUCCAGAGGGACAUCCAGCCGCACAUGCGCAGGAUGGUGGCCACCUGGAUGUUGGAGGUCUGCGAGGAACAGAAGUGCGAAGAAGAGGUGUUCCCCUUGGCCAUGAAUUACCUGGACCGCUUCCUAGCCGGGGUCCCCACACCCAAGCACCAUCUGCAGCUGUUGGGGGCCGUCUGCAUGUUCCUGGCUUCCAAGCUGAAGGAGACUGCCCCCCUGACUGCUGAGAAACUCUGUAUUUAUACAGACAAUUCUAUCAAACCUCGAGAACUGCUGGAGUGGGAGCUGGUGGUUCUAGGCAAGUUGAAGUGGAACCUGGCGGCAGUCACCCCGCACGACUUUAUUGAACACAUCCUGCGGAAGCUGUGCCAGCCUCGGGACAAGCUGCUUUUGAUCCGUAAACACGCCCAGACCUUCAUUGCCCUGUGUGCAACUGACUUUACCUUUGCCAUGUAUCCACCCUCCAUGAUCGCGACCGGCAGCGUUGGGGCAGCCAUCUGCGGACUCCAGCUAGACGUCGAGGAGAGUGCCCUCUCCGGGGACGGCCUCACGGACCUCCUGGCCAAGAUCACCAACACAGAUGUGGACUGCCUGAAGGCUUGCCAGGAGCAGAUCGAGGCCGUGCUCGUCCAUAACCUGCGCCGGGUCCAGCAGCGGGAGCCCCCCCCGAGCCAGCCCUCCAAGAUGGUGGAUGAGGUUGACCAGGCCGGCACUCCCACGGACGUGAGGGACAUCAACCUGUGAGGCGCCCGGAGAGACCCCCCCCGGCUCGCUUCCCCACUCCCACCCCCCACCCCUUUGAGUUUUAGAACGAACCCCCUCUUUCGCCCACCUGGGACCAGACCGGAUUUAAGGCUCUCCUAGAAGUGAAACAAGGCAGAGAAGGAAACCCAUCCCCUGCCCUCCGCCCGGCUCGGAGCGGGCGGGCGGCGUGGGGUCACCUGCACGCGUGGCCUGCCCCCUCCGCCAUCUGUGUCCCCUGGCAGGGACUCCCGGAGAUGGGGAGAGGGGGGCUUGGGCGUCAGUCCGCUGCUGCAUCCAAGAUGACGGUUGCAGCGGGCGGCCUCAGGCGCUCAAGGUGAGCGGUCAGGGCCGGCGGCCGCAGCGGCCUGCAGGUGGGCGGCCAUGGGCCACCCUGUCGCAAAGCACUUUGAAAAUUCUUCCCAAGGAAUAGAUGGAGUUGUUUACGGAAAUCGU